UUGAACAACAACACAGGACACAUUGACACAUUAAAAAUAAAAAUACAAAAAAAAAUUAUAAAAAAUCCAAUUAAAAAUGUCUGCCGAAGUGGAGGAAUUACUGAAACGCUUUCAGAGCUUUAAGAACGUAAUCGGUAUAAUCGUCGUGGACAACGAUGGUAUACCGAUUAAGACCACCUUGGAGUACAACCUGACGCUGCACUAUGCGGCCCUGAUGCAAACGUUGCGGGAGAAGGCACGCCAGGUGGUCCAGGAUCUGGAUGCCACCAAUGAGUUCACCUUCCUGCGGCUGCGGACGCUCCUCCACGAGGUGAUGCUGUGUCCGCAGGACGAUUACUUCAUCAUGGUGCUCCAGAAACCCAGCGACUAGCAUUGGAUUAACCACCGCACGGGAAAGAUAUUAAUUCAGGGCCGCGACUCAUUUCAUUUGUUGCGAAAGUCAAUUACGUGGCAUUAAAGCGAGUGUUCGGCACA